AUGCAACGACGACAAUCCCCAUCGAGAGCCCCUCUCCAACUCGCCUCCACCUCUCAUCAUCCAAGCUCCCUGCACCCCUUCCCUCCCCUCCCCUCUUCCAUCGCCCUUCCCUCCUGGGAAGGUAGGAAGAGCCAACUCGCCGCCCUGUCCCCUUUGUUUCCCUCCCCUUCCCCCCUACUAGUUCCCCUCCAACUCGCCUCCACCUCUCAUCAUCCAAACCCCCAACACCCUUCCCCUCCCCUCUUUCAUCCCCUCUUUCCACCCUCUGCAUCCCCCCUCCCCCCCCCUUGCCUGUCAGCAUACCCCAGUGAUAGACUUUUGAAACGUCUCAACAGCCGUCUUUCCUCCCCUCCUCCCCCCACUUCCCCUCUCUCCCCAUUUCCCUCCUCUCCUCCCCCAGCUGUCAUCACCAUCACCAGAUUCGCGCCGUGUCUCUACUACAGCCAAUAUCCCCCCCCCCUUGCUGCGCCAGCAGUGGCAGUGUUCACUCUCUCUCGUGCGUCAAGGUGCCCGUCUCCUCCCCCCCAAAUGUUUGGGGACGUGCCGGACGACCCGCACCACUGGCUCAGGGACGAGAGGCGCAAAGAGAACACAACUGUGCGCCAAGGUGCCAUUCUCCUUCCCCUCAAUAUUCGGGGAGGUGCGAGACGAACCCCACCACUGGCUCUGCACGAGAAGACCCUCACCCGCUGCUCUCCCCCUGCCUCUCCCGCCUCCUCCCCGCUUCCGGCUCCCCCUUUCUCCCUGCGCCCAUCAGGUGCGCCAAGGUGCGUCAAGGCGCCCUUCUCGUGCGCCAAGGUGCCAUUCUCUUUCCCCCCAAUGUUUGGGGACGUGCGGGACGACCCCCACCACUGGCUGAGAGACGAGAGGCGCAGGAAUCCGGAGGUCCUGGCGCAUUUGGCGGCAGAAAACGCGCUCACAGACGCUCUAUUGCCUUCAUGUAGUGACGGGAACAUGGGGUGUACGGGGAUGAAAGGAGAAAGGGAAGGAGGGGGAGAGAGAGAGGGAGUGUCCCUGCGCGUGCUGCUAGAAGGGGAGAUGAAAGCGCGAGUGAAGCAGGAGGACAGGAGCGUUCCUUUGAGGAAGGGUGAUUUCUGGUACUACACCCGAGAGGAGGAGGGUAAACAGUAUCCCAUCCACUGCAGGAGAGCAGCUGCAGACUCUACAGCAGCAGGCAACAGCAGCAGCUGCAGCAGCAGCAGCAGGGAAGGAAUGAGUGGAUCAAAGCAGGAGAAGCAGGCAGAGGGGGGAGAACUUACCUUUGAACAGAGAGAUUAUUUCUCCGAGUGCAUGGAUGAAGGGGUUCCAGAGGAGAUAGUUUUAGACGAGAACAGGGAGGCGGAGGGGCGAAGCUUUUUCCACAUUGACAGUGUUGUUGUGAGUCCGAACCAUGGGUUUGUGGCGUAUAGUCUCGAUACGAGGGGGGACGAGAGGUACUCUAUCCAUGUCCGGCCUAUCUGCUCGGGUUCUGCUGCUGCUGCUGCUGCUGCUGCUGCUGCUGCUUCUGCUGCUGCUUCAGCAAUACUCUCGUCUGAUCUUUCCUUAGUACUGCCGCUCUUCCAAACCAUGAGUAACGACGACCCGUGGGACUUCGAUUGGAAUCCAUCCGACGAGGAAGAAGCCAGUACAGGGAAUCGCAGUUCGGUUAAGAGGUCUCGAGGUGAGGGUGGAUCGUCACGCGCUGGAAGGAGAGCUCGUUCAGCAUCCGGAGCGCGUGCUAAGAUUCCCCCUCUGGCACUCACACUCGAGCCCACGACAUCUAACAAGCAAGCUGAAGAUCCUCUCCCCGGACCUUCUGGAAGUCGUCCCGUCAUGUCGGACCCGGUCGACAAUUCUCCAAUCCCGGAACUUUUCAAGGGGUGGACGGCGUCGUCUGUAAAGGGUUUUCGCGACGAUUUCAAGGAUCUGCUUAAGGCGAAAAGCAAACUCAAGAAGAUGAAGGAACUUGACCGUCAAGGCGUGAUUCUCCACAGCAUCCGCACGAAGACCGUGGAGUUCCAGACGAAGUUUGCCUCUGUCAAGGAGAAAUCUGCUGCGUCCGUCUCAGAGAUUCACUUGGCGAAUCAAAAGCGGCUGCAAGCGGAUUUUAUCGCCUCGAAAGCACUGGAGAUUGAAGAACUUCAGAAGGCGGUGGACUCGCACGUCGUCGCUCUAGCAUCGAGGAUGGAAGAAUACAUCAAGAGCCUGAGUGCUGACCCCGACUUGGUUGUGUCUGACGCCGCCAAGGAGAAAUUCCGUGUUUUCAAGGGGCGUUGUAACGAAAAGGCGAAUUCUGACAUCCAGACCGCAAGGGAUGAGAUUGUCAUCCGUGAGCUCGAUCGACAGAACAAGGCUGCCGCCGAAGAGUUGAAGAAAGCAGCUGCGUCCGAGGAGGUGCAGGAAAUGGAAGUGGAAGCUGGGGUUGGAGAGAUCAUGAAUCAGCACGCGAAGCGGAUUGAAGACAAGAUUCGGAGGGAGAUGAUUCCGAAGAUUGAGGCCAAUCUGAUGAAGAAGCUGCUGAAAAAUCUUUCGUUGGGAAAACAGGAUUCCCCCCAGGCUCCUGCUGCUGACGCGAAGCCGAAGAAUGCCCCAGCCGGAAAACCGAUGCAAACUACUCCGAUGGAAAAGGAGCGCCACUCAGGGAGUACGGCCGGGAAUUCCAAGCCGAAAAAGAAGCGCGGGGGUAAGAAGAAGAAGAAGGACGGCACCCAGGACCAGCAGGCGAAAGGCCAGGCAGCAGACGUGAAGGCCAAGGGACCAAAAAACGGCGGAGGCGGCCCAGGAAAAGGGCCGCACAAGAACUAA